AUGAGCAAAAAUAAAAAGAAAAGUGGUCAAAAAAUGUGUUGUGUUGUGAACUGUAGUAAUACAUAUCGAACUGGUCAUAAAUUAUUUAACUUACCAAACCGACAACAUGAAAAAGAACUUAAAGAAAAGUGGGUAAAAAGUAUUAAAAGAAUGAACAUUGAUGGAACACCAUGGAUACCUACAGCCAAUACAGUUAUUUGUAGUGACCAUUUCGUUGGAAAUAAGCCAAUAAGACAUCCAAAUAGUCCUGCUUAUAUUCCUACCAUUUUUCCAACUGCAUACAAAAAUCAGAAGGUUAACAGUAAUCAACAUUACUCCAGAUAUCAACGUUUUUGCAGCCGUGAAGCUGUGGCACAGUCCACUAUAACUAGUGUUGAAUGUAAUGCAGAUGCCAACCAAAGUCAAUCAAAUGAUAUUGUAAAUCAUGUAGGAGUACAAGUUUUGUUAGAUGUUUCAGAUGUAAAAGAAUUUUCAUUUGAGUGUUCCUUUUUUAAUGACAACUGUAGUAGUACUUCAAUAACUACACCAAAUAAUUUUAUUCUUGGGCAAAAAAAAAAUGUUAAUGAUAAGUCUUGUGGUCCUAGUUCUGAACACUUCAGUUCAUGUUUAAGCUGUGAAAAGUUUCAUGGUUUUGAAUCUGUAAAAAAUGAGAAUUCUUUAAAAGAUUUGACUGGGUCUUCGUACGCUGUUUUUAACAUACUUUUAAAUAUGCUUCCAGAUGUAGGUAUAAAUAGUAACUUAACAAACAAUAAUAAGCUUCUACUGUUUUUAAUGAAACUAAAACUUGGUGUUACUUUUUCAGCUCUUGGAGUUUUAUUUAAUAUUCAUCGUACCACUGCCAGCAGAAUUUUUAUAAACUUACUGUCCAUCUUAUGUGAAAAAACUAAACAUUUUAUAUUUUGGCCUAGUAAAGAAACUAUCUCAGAAACUCUCCCCUAUGCUUUCAAAAAAAAUUAUCCAAACUGCCGUUGUAUCAUAGACUGUACAGAAAUAAAAGUAGAGCAGCCUCCAACAGUUGAACAAAGAGUAUGCAUGUACUCAAGGUAUAAGAGUGCUUACACCAUAAAAUGCCUUGUUAGUAUAACACCAAAUGGUGCUAUUAGCUUUCUGUCUAAAUGUUAUGGUGGACGUUCUAGUGAUACAUUUAUCACUAACGACAGUGGAUUUCUUUCAAAACUAGAACCAGGUGACCAAGUUUUAGCCGAUAAGGGGUUUCCAGGUAUUAAAACGAAUUGUGAAGAUAAUAGUUCUAUUUUAAUUAUGCCCCCAAUCUUACACAAUGGUAGGUUUAGUGAAGAGGAAGUUAUAGAAACUUAUUCUGUUGCAAGUGUCAGAAUACACAUUGAGAGAUUCUUUGCCAGGCUUAAAACAUUUAAUAUAUUAAAUAAAAUUCAAAUAGAGUUGCUCCCUUAUAUUGAUGAUAUAAUGCAUAUUUGCUGUUCUUUAACCAAUUUACAACCACCAAUCAUUAAACAGUAA